GGCCACAAUUCAGUUUAAGACAAUCCACGUUCAAAGUUGGUUGACUCUUGUGCCUUCUACAAUAAGUGAAACCUUAAAAGUUCCUAAAAGAGAAAUAGAUCUCUGUUCUAGUGUUUUUGAAUUUGAAUUAUUUUAUCAAAAAAAUAGAUAAAACUAGGACACGUUAAAACAUUCUUUAUAUUGUGAAUUUUGUAAGAAUUUGCGUUUUUUUUUGGCAAAUAGAGAUUUAUAAGAUUUUUAUAAAUUAUAAUUUAUUCUUGAAAAGUGAUUUUUAUUUACGAGAUAAAUAGAAUGGCCAGUGUUUUGAGCAACGUUAAGAUGUGUGGAGAUACUGCGGAAAUGCGAGAACUGGCCACCAGGAUCUGCAAGGACUACCUGAACGGAGCUUGGAAAGCGGUCAACGCCAGCAACAUAGGCUUCAAACAUAUAAGUGGCGGCCUAUCCAACCUCCUCUACCACAUAUCCCUACCCGAGUCCCUACAGGAAAAGAUCCAGGACGAGCCCAAGGAGGUGCUGCUCCGUGUGUACGGCCAGACGCAUGGUGAGGGAGCCAUCGAGGCCAUAAUCACCGAGUCCGUAAUCUUCACCCUGCUAUCCGAGAGGGGUCUUGGUCCAAAGCUACACGGCAUCUUCCCCGGCGGCAGGAUAGAGCAGUACAUCAACGCCAGGCCGCUCAAGAACAAAGAACUGGCUAUCGAGAAGCUGUCCAGCAUGAUAGCGCAGAAGAUGGCCAGAAUACAUUCCAUGGAGGUGCCCCUAGACAAAGAGCCGAGUUGGCUGUGGAACACCAUGGAGAGGUGGUUGGGCUCUUGCAUGACCCCAGCCAAGGAAGAAAAGUUCGCAGCCAGGCUACCCAACAUCGACCUGAGGACGGAACUGGAUUGGCUGAGAGACAGGAUCGAGAGGGAGGGUACCGAAGUUGUCUUCUGUCAUAACGACAUGCAAGAGGGAAACAUAUUGAUGCAGCAGGGUGAAGAUUGCGAUCCUGACGAUCCGAAACUUGUACUAAUAGACUUCGAAUAUUGCUCGUACAAUUACAGAGCCUUUGACUUGGCCAAUCACUUCGUGGAAUGGAUCUACGAUUACACGCACAAAGAAUAUCCCUUCUUCAGUAUCGACGAGGAUAAUUAUCCUUCAGAAAAGCAGAGACUCAGGUUCAUCGAGGAAUAUCUGGCGGAGAGAAAUCUAGAUGAAAACCCCAAGAAACUGCUCAGGGAAGUCGAGAUCUUCACUUUGGCGUCUCAUUUAUUAUGGACCCUAUGGGCCUUCGUCAACGAUGAAACUUCACAAAUACCUUUUGGAUACUGGGAAUACGGCACUGCGCGUCUCAGUUCUUACAUCAAACUGAAGAACCAACUGACCACCAGACCGACCACAAAAAGGAAAUUGGUGGUCUUGGAAAAGGCCCUCCAGCCAAAACAGCAAGUCACAAAAGGCCCAUAGGAAGACCACCUCGGCGUUAAUACAGAAACGUUUGAGUUUCUUGACGAAAAUUUUUUAUAUCCUGACUGACCUGUUUGUGAAAAAAAAAAUGAGCCUGUGAUAUUGAUAGUCACAGCGCAGCUAUUGCAGCAUCUUUCGUUAGAAAACACCACUCAGCUGAUAACCAGUUAUCGAAAGUAUUAUUUUUUCCUAUAGGAAAUUCUAUGUAUGGCAUAUAUUCCAUUUUCUUCAAGGAAGAGAGUAUUUAGUGAGAAGACUGAGAGAGAAGAGAAUUUCUUAUCGUCUGAUGGGGGCAUCUGUACAGUUGAAACUGAUCAGAUUGUUUAUGUUUAGUUUGUAUAGAGAUUUAGUGAAUGUUUUUUAUAUAAGAUUGUUUAAAUAUAUUUUUUGGCGAAUCCAUAA